AUGAUUGUGAAGCCGGUUAUGAGAACUGGCUCCAUGGCUGGUCGCAGGCCAAGAAGAUCUGGUGCUGCUUCCACAGAGAUCGUGGUUGUGAUGACUCGGCAGUGGGGAUCGCAGCAUUUCGGAUUCAUGAGGUAUGACUGCAAUGAUGACGAUGACAACUGGGAGGUCGGCUGGUCAGGCAGCAAGAAGGACUGGUGCUGCCAGCACAAGAGCAUAGGGUGCUCAAAAUCAGACGAACCACAGAGCAGCUAG